GCACUGCGGAGCGGCGAAGGAGACAGGAGGGCAGGAGUGACCGACUUUAUUAAUUUACCUUCAAAAAGUCAGAGUUUCAACUGCAGCUGCGAGUCAGAGAGGAGUCAAAUUAAAUAUCCAGCGGGUUUAAAAUGAGCUGCGCAACUUUAGAGGCGAGCUAGAGACGAGCAGCGGCGAGGAGAAGGAGACGCAGGAGAGUUUUGGGAGCCAGAGAUUUUCAUUCCGCCGGCUCAGGAGCCAACAUGGAUGUCAGCGGAGCCACAGCGCGGCUCUGAGCACGAAUUAAGGCCGUUUCUGCUUUAUUUCUGUCGGAGGCCGAGGGCUGACCCGACCCGACUGAGCCAGUUCACCGGGAUUAAUUUUCAAACUGCAAGCAGAAGAAAGCAUUAAAAACAUGUUGAGGCUGUGGAGGCGAGACAUGCCGCUGUCGGAGAGGUUAGGGGACGACUCGCCCCUGGCUGUGGCCCCUGGCCCCCCGACCACCGCCCCGACUGGGCCCAACAUCUCCUGGCUCCCCGAGGCCCCGCUGCUGAGCCCGGACCAGCCCAUCUUCCUGAUGACGCCCGCUGCCCAGGCUGUGUCCGGCUUCUUCGUCUGGACCGCACUCAUCCUCACCUGCCACCAGAUCUACAUGCACCUUCGUUUCUACAGCUCUCCUAACGAGCAGCGCCACAUCGUGCGGAUCCUCUUCAUCGUUCCCAUCUACGCCUUCGACUCGUGGCUCAGCCUGCUCUUCUUCACCAACGACCAGUACUACGUCUACUUUGACACUGUCCGGGACUGCUACGAGGCGUUUGUCAUUUACAACUUCCUGAGUCUGUGCUACGAGUACCUGGGAGGAGAGAGCGCCAUCAUGGCCGAGAUCCGAGGGAAACCAAUCGAGUCCAGCUGUAUGUACGGGACCUGCUGCCUGCGGGGGAAGGCGUACUCCAUCGGCUUCCUGCGGUUCUGCAAGCAGGCCACGCUGCAGUUCUGUGUGGUCAAACCGCUCAUGGCCGUCAUCACCGUCAUCCUGCAGGCCUACGGCAAAUACAAGGACGGAGACUUCAAUGUUGCCAGCGGUUACCUGUAUGUGACCAUCGUGUACAACAUCUCCGUCAGCCUGUCCCUCUACGCCCUCUUCCUCUUCUACUUUGCCAUGCGGGAACUGCUCAGCCCCUACAGCCCCAUGCUCAAGUUCUUCAUGGUCAAGUCUGUCAUCUUCCUGUCCUUCUGGCAGGGCCUGUUGCUGGCCAUCCUGGAGAAGUGCGGGGCGAUUCCUCAGAUCAACUCAGUCGAGGUUUCGGUCGGCGAGGGGACUGUUGCCGCCGGCUACCAGAACUUCAUCAUCUGCAUCGAGAUGUUUUUCGCCGCCCUGGCGCUGCGCCACGCCUUCACCUACAGCGUCUACAUGCACAAGAGGCUCGACUCGCAAGGACCCGCUCCUACAUACGGAGAGUUUGGCCGCUGCGCCCCCAUGAAGAGCAUCUCCAGCAGCCUGAAGGAAACCAUGAACCCGGGCGACAUGGUCCAGGACGCCAUCCACAACUUCUCCCCCGCCUACCAGCAGUACACACAGCAGUCCACGCUGGACCAGGGCGCGCCGCCGCCCGUCUCCCGCACACACAGCACCGUCAGCGCCCGCGGCGACACCGAGAAAACCCUCCUGCUCAGCUCCGAUGACGAGUUCUAGCCCCAGAGACCUCACACACACACACACACAGACACACACACACAGACACACACAGACACACUGCUACUUCAGCCUAAUCUGAUUCAGACGGCUGCUCUGACGUCUGAGAGGAACUGACUCCUUCUUCUAAAGAGUGUAUGUGUGUGUUUUUUCAGUUAUUUUUGGGUGUGUGUCUGUUUAAGUGCAAGGACCUCACUGUGUACUCACACACACUUUAGAUUUCUGCACACACUUUUCCCUGAGCAGCUGACUUAGUGCAAAAACACUCUACUUUGUUGUCAAAGCCAUCGCCUCGAAAAUUCAGCGGCUGCGUCAGUUUUUUUGCAAACUUUUGAGUCAGACCUGCUCUUGCUGAGUCACACUUGAGUUUUGAGACAAAGACCUUUUUUCUGGCUUCAGUGAAAGCUUUAUUUCACACCAUGGCAGAAAAAAAUAACAUUUCAUAAAAUAACAUUCUCUAUGCUGAAUUAGUUGCAAAUAUUGUAUGAGUGGAUUUUAUUUUCCAGGUUAGCUGGCGGUACAGAGCUCCUGUUUCUCUUCAGAGUUUCUAGCUGGGUUUAAAGGGACGGGGAGGUUUUUAAAGGCUUUUAAAGGGACACCGUUGAAAACACGAGUGCAGUGGAGUCCUGGUGUCAGCCGGCUGUGUGGAUUGUGGUGGUUUUAUCGAUAUGUCCGGGAACACUUGAGAGCAAUACCGAGCGGAUUACAGAUUAUAGAUCUGCUCAAAGCGCCAGUCUAGUGGGCAGCGAACGUGAUGGCCCGACAGCAGCCGCAGCCGCAGCCGCAGCCGCAGCCGCAGCCGCAGCCGCAGCCGCAGCCGCAGCCGCAGCCGCAGCCGCAGCAGAGCUGUCUGGGAUUAUACUGGUGUAAUUGGGGCGUUAUUUGUAUGCCAGAGGAUUAAGGCUUGUGCUGGUUCACUCAGGGCGCCAGACCUCUGCAGGCCACGAUGUCGGCUAAAUGGAUUCAAGGAAAAAAAAAAAACACACACACACGCAGCAGAGGAAUGUAGGCUAAAGCUCACUUACAAAGCCUGAUCUCAUUAAAGGAGCUCUAUUACUGGACUUUUAAUUUUACUCUAUUAAUAAAUGUGAAGGUGCAAAGAUGUUUUAAUGCAGGCUACGGUCAAAUUUUUAUUUUAAAGUCAUUCUAGACUAACUCCAGUAAACGCACCAUUGCUGAACUUUAUUCUAAUUGGCAUUCAGCACUGAAAAUAUGCUGAAAUCUAACCAAUCAGGCAAGUAGCUUCAAUUUUAGCCAAUCAGGAUCCAGUAUUGUGACUGUUUUGCCUGUGAGGACUCACGGUGCGUUCAGAUGGCUCUUGUCAGCUUGUAAAAUCUGAACUUUCUGAGUUUGCCGGUAGAAAUUUCUAUUCAAACAGCUGUCAGAAUCAUAAAUACGAGGGGUAAAAGUCAUGUAAGUUCCAUGAUACCUGAUUUAGGAGUUUUGCAUCAUCUUGACAUAUGUGGACAAGUUGAAAACAAAGUACCAGGUCAGUGGUAAAUAAUAUCCCUAUAAUUUGUCUUUUUUGAUGGUUAUGUGUGUAAAUCAUGGUAACAGUGACUGGUCCUGUCAGUACCAACAGUGAUGUGAAUAAUUUCCACCUGUUGUGCAUUGGUCCAGAUUCUUGAAAUGUCAUCAGACAUAAGAGAGCCGAAAUUAGCUGGUAUUUGACUUUGCCAUGUGACAUUUUUCCAAUUUUACAAGUUGACCUAGCCCACCUGAAUGCAGCAUAUUUAAAUAUACUACAUUUAUUUCGAAGUCAUUAUAAAGAACAUUAUUUUUCAUCCCAAGCUGUAUCUGGAAAAAAAAAAUCCAACCUAAAAUCACAAGAUUUGAAUAAUCUGGGAUCUUAAAACUGUGGGAUUUUCCUUUCAUGCAUUUAUAACUCAACAGUCACUUCCCUCAGUUUAAAGUAAUAAGUUUCAGACUGUCACGUUUCUUGGAUGCCAUUAAGCUUUUCCAGAAAAUCCUUUUAGAAUAAUUUUUUCUUGCUCUGCAGCAGAGCUGCUUGUUUGAUUACGCAGAUUUUGGGCCUUGACUCAUUUGAAUGAGUCACUCUGGCCGAGAGCUGCUCAUGUGUUUACUGUAACACGUCAAGCUCUGAGUCACGGCUCUGAUGCUGCUCUGUGUGAACACCAGAGGGCAGCAUGCAGGACUCACACACAUACACACACACAUACUUAUCUACAAACCGCAGACAGGCAAUUAUAACACUUUAUUCUUGGUACACAUAACAGAAAAAUGCUUUGUUUAAGCACCAGGCUGAAGCCUUUUCCCUCUAAAGCCCCUUGUCCUCUUAUCACUGUGUGUAUGUGUGUGUGUGUAUGUGUGUGUGUGUGUGUGUGUGUGUGUGUGUGUGUGUGUGUGUGUGUGUGUGUGUGUGUGUGUGUGUGUGUGUGUGUGUGUGCGUGUCCAUGCAUGCUCAUAAACAAAUGGAAGCAAUUUCCAUUUUUUAUACUAUGGGUAUUUUUUCAUUUUUACCUUCAUUUCGAGCCGCAGAGAUGCUAAAGUCUUUGCCCCGGAGCUGCAGCCUAUUUUUACUGGCUGAUGAGCUCCAGUCUGGAUAAUUGGGUCACUGUGUUUUGACAUGAAUACAGACGGUUUUAUUUUGCUUAUUAUGGCCAGUAUAUUAACUCCCAUCCAGCCUCAACUUUAUAGGAGCUGAAGUCUGAAGUUUAGUUGAAGUAGAAAGUCCUCAGUUCACUGAUCGGCUAAUAUGAUGGCAGCUCAUUUAUAUUUAGACAGUCCAAUCAUGGGAAGGGGUGACGGUAUAAAUCAAAAUCUAUAUCUUACCAGCAGUGGAUAAAUUCCCUCUUUGAGUAAAAGUUUUUGCUCACAAAAAGCUUCUCCCUUCUUUAUUCCAGGUCAUUUAACUUCAUUUUCAGACUGAAACCGAGGACUUAGAAUUAGGGUUUGGUGUUUUGUAUGUGUGUGUUUGUAUGUGUGUUCACUAUAAAGGAACAUCUGUCAAGGAACACUUCACUCAAAAUACACACAAAAAAAAAGUUUUUUCCCCACUUAACCCUAGUGAAGUUUUUCAUAGAGGACAGCGUCUGUGUGAUUUGGUGAGGUUUCCAGUCUGUCUCCCUUCACCCUGAUACAAUAUCGGGGUAUUACUUUAUGGAGCACAAGCCAUCAAAAAUGUCAACAGCAACAGCUCUUUCCAAAAUAAUGACAGAGAUACCCAACAUAAUCCACAGCCCUGUUUUUUUUUUUUUUUUUUUUUUUUUUGGGGGGGGGGGGGGGGACUAUUUUCUGCUUAAGACCUCCAGAAAACUGUAUCUGUCCCCAAAGCAGCACAGAUUAGCUGCAGAUUGUCGGCAUUAUUUUGCGUGAAAUGUUCCUUUUAAGUAUCAUGCCACAGAAUGGCAGAAAUGGGCGCCGUCUCAGCGGAGGAAACUCAGUCAGUGGGCAACACUGACCGGAUGAUGUUUGAUUUUUCACUUAAAUGCCGAUAUUACCCAACUUUGAAUGCCAUAUUUCAGUUUUUCAGCUGAAGACAUUUGGAGAAACUGCGUUGUUUUCCAUCUCGUCUUCUGCUCUAGCUGCUCUUACACUGUCAAACCUCUCUCUCUUGUAUCAAUGGUGUAACUUAUUUGGUGAAAUGUGAAUGAAUAUUGCAGAGGAAAUACUCUUAAGGUUUAUGUUGUAAAGUUUCAAGUGCUGUCUACAGGAGGAAUAUAAUUAAUGAAAUACUCUGUGUUUAAUAGCGAUGUAUGCUGUAAAGUUUGAGUAAAACAAAAAAACUUAGUUUUGUACUUUUACUCCACAACUGUCUUUUUUUAUUAUUUCAAUGACUGGUUUUGUUUUUAGGUCUUUGUGUACUAUAAAGCUGCUCAUAUGAGGCUUUUAUUUUAUGUCCAAAAGACGAUGGAGAAAUAUUCUGGAGAAAUAAUAAAAGAUGUUUAGUUUGGUCUUAAAAG